UAUGUUGCACCUGCGUGUACAAUCAUAAAUUGCAAUUGAUUAGUACUUGCCUGUAGGAAAGACGGGGCCAGGUUCAGGCAUCUAUAACAAAGCGUGCUGUACUGUGUUACCGCGGGGUGCAUGCUUACAGAAAGAGCAAUGCGUCAGGCGCAUGUACCUGGGUACAAGUAGGCCAGCAAAGUAAACAAAAGAAAUCUUUAAAAGUAUACAAAAGACAAAGACUAGCUGACAAUGGCUAUUUUUAUUUGAUAAAUGGAUUGCUUUGUACAGCAUGUUUACUCACGAUUAACUUGCCAAUCUAACGUCUCGGCAUAGGAUUUUACUAAGUGAAAAGAAAAGAUGUUAAAAAAUUCGCUCCAACGGACACCUGCCCCUCGGAAUGACGCGCCUGAGUGGCAUUUUAUUUGACCAUGUGUAAAAGUCAUCCACUUUUGGCAUUCAGAAUAUGAUAACAGCGACAUAGCGCAGCGAGAUGUUUACCAGACGGGAAAAUCGCAGGUUAUGUACCGUUCAACCAACAUUACUCGGCGUGGCCUCAAUCCAAAAUUAGAUAUAGUCCUAUCUCGCCAGGUAAAGCGGAACCCUCGGUGUGGAAGGUGAACUGAUGAAAUCGAUAUGUAAAAUGUCAAAUUGUGAGGGUUUCUCACACAAACCAACACGUGGGUACGUAUGUCUUACCUUGGAUAUCAAUGUGUGUUAAAGGAGAGAUGGACAGGGUAACUCUCGUGUGUUUAUUUUAGGACUGACUUCAAGUAACUUUCCAUCUGUCAGACAUUAAAAAACAUGAGUGUGUGUCAAUGUGAAAAUCUGUCUUACCUUCUCGGGUUUGAUGUACUGCAGUAUUCACAACCUUUCCAAACAGACGAUGGAUUCGUAAAGUUUGUGAAUUUUGACUUCGAACCCAAAUACCGGACGAAACGGUUCCUUGUGUUCCCGGGCACCUUGCUUCCGGUGGGAGAGGAUGACGGGUGUAACCGGGACGUGAUCGUCAGAGUCCGGCGGGAACGUCCGGCUGCCGACGACUACUGGGGAUUCUACUUCGCCAGGUCCGGACUCUCCCGGAACGUCCUGGCCCGCUUUGACCGUGUCGUUGACGAAGAGCUGGAACUGGACAUUGAGUUUGUGAAUGAGUACGAGGCCAAGUUCUCGGGGUACACUCAGUGGAAUGAGUUUAUGAUGCAGUUCAAGGACUACAACCACCGGACACUGACCAACGGGGAACACAUCGUCGUGGAGCCGUACCUACACGGUCAGUUCCAAAACUUUGAUAAACACCCCGACGCCAUCAUGGACUCGCUGGCUCACUUCUCCUACCAUUCCAGUCGGGGACAGUACCUACUGCACGGACUGAGAGGGGUGAAGCUGGACUCCAGCUACCGCCUGACAGUGCCCCUUGUUCACUCCAUCAAUAAAGAUUUCGGUCCCCGGGACAAGGGUAUGGAGGGGAUAAAUAGCUUCUUCAGGAACCACAACUGUACAGACAUUUGUCAUGGCUGGUCAAAGCCUGAUACAACGGACAUUAAUAUGAAUACUAAGGAUAUUGACAUCCCUCAUAAAAGUGACCAGCGCCUUCACCAAGAGAAAAGGGCAGCCAUCACUGAAACUGAGAGGAGGAUCGCAGACGAGGGUAUCUACAAUUCUAUCUCUGACCCAGAGGAGGAUGGGCGGGGGAGGGGUGUGGACAGUGAUGGGGGUAAGGGCAGAGGACAGUUACAGGUACCAGAGUACCAUUACGCCGUGGUGAACAAAAAACCGAAAGACGUAGCCAUGGAAGAAAUCGAUCUGCAAGAGAACAUCGAAAUGACGUCAGAAAAUGCCAGCGUUUAUGGGGGGUCCCAGGAUACGGGGUAUUCCUCCAUUCGGGAACUGAAAGACUUUGAAAAAGACCCCCCUUGUGAUGAUUUUAUGAACUCUGACCCCUGUGUGAACGACCCAGACGAGACGUCAGUUAUUGGCCUGGGGAAGCUGAGUUUAUACCACAACGAGAAAUACGGCGGGAAUUAUAACGCAGGAUAUGUAGAUAUACAUCAGACGCAUCGAGACUUUUCACGGGAUUAUGAAAACGAGAAAAUUGUCACCGCCAUCAUUCACACGGAGUACAAAGAGUGCGGGCCGGGGGACACGGGCACUGACUCCAGGGACGUGUACGAUACUAUAGAAUCCGUGGGGGAGAAGCCCAGGGGCCAGGACAAACUCUCUGUGGGUGACCAGAAAGACGCGAAAAACACCGUGGUGUAAAACCGGGCAGGAUUACCAGAUUAAUCUUAAUCUGUUAAUCCGACGUGUGACGUUUAACCUGUAAAUGCCAACGAAACAAUUGACUGUGAACACUACAUAAGCAGACCACACGCAAUAUUCGGCAGUGUAGUACUAAGUGUUAUGCUACCAAGUUAAUUUACUGUCAUCGGAGCGACGAGGAAUGUUUGAUCUCAUUAAUGACUCUAGGGCUCACCUGAGAUAUAGAUCGCUACCUGGGGACGAUUUAUAAAUAGAAAUUGACCUAUUUUGGCGUGGUCAGCCCUGAAAAUUAAAAGCUUUUAUCAUAGCGUAUCUAUUUCUGUGUAUAAGGGAAAAUAAACCGAGAGAUACGAUUACUAUAGACUCGUGUUGAUUGAUCAAGAGAUGGUUCUAGUUUUACACUGGUACCGGUUAAUGGGUAUCUGGUCUACUGACCCAAGCACCACGAUGUUCAGCUGAUUUUGUCACAGAGAAGAUUCGGUUUUGACUAUCACACCCUAACCGUGUGACUUCACGGUGACGUCCCUCUGGGUUUUUAAUAGACACGGGGUCAACUACUGGCAUAUAAUUAUUCGCCCAGCAGUGAGUCCAAAAUGCUACACUGAAUACACUGUGUUUUUAAUAUUUCAUGGUGUCUAUCUCAUAAAUUAAACAUAUCUUUUAUACAUCCAUGCCUUGCCACUAGAAUGUUUUGGUGGCGUUGAAGUUUUAGUUAUGCGUGCAUCGGUGUGGUUAUGCUUUUUAUUGUAUUUUUAUAUACCACCUGAACGUGGGACAUGUUAAAAAUGUUAGAAAACAGAUGCAUUCAUUGCGUUAUCACCGAUCACACAUGUUUAUGGUCUUUUACGAUUACUCACUACUUUUACACGCUAGGUUUAAUGCCAAAUUUGUUUUAAAUAGGUGAAGAAAUUGUAACACACUAGGGGUUCUCAUCCCUAGAUUUACCUGUGCAUCUAUGUCAGUCUAACUUUUGUAUGAGAUACAUAUUAUGCAAGGCGUUUUACACGAAACAGGAUUGUAUGGGGCACAUGACAACAUCUACCGUAUGUUUAACAACAAAGUACUAACUUUAUUUAUCGCCUGAUAAAAGAGAUAAAAACGUUUUCACAAAAAGCUACAUUUGUAAUUUCAAUAACAAAGCUACUUUAUGAUGUAUCUUAUUUUCGCUAAGUGCUUUGUCUGACAUUAUUACUUGCCGACUUCCGUAACUGAUGAAAUUAUUCAUUUUUU